UCUCCACAUUGAGUGAUAACAACAGGUAGUUUGGGUCUGCUGUUGGCUCCAACUGGGAUGUUCUCUAUCUUCCUGACUAUCAACAGUCCGUCCACCACCUUCCCAAACACCACGUGUUUCCCGUUGAGAAAUUCGCACUUGGCACAAGUGACGAAGAACUGACAGCCAUUGGUAGCAGGUCCACUAUUGGCCAUGGAGAGGAGACCUGGAUGGUCGUGUUUCAGUUUGAAAUUCUCAUCUCCAAAAGAGGGUCCGUAGAUGCUUGCAGACCCAGUUCCAUCUCCCUUGACAAAAUCACCUCCUUGCACCAUGAAAUCUUUGAUGAUGCGGUGAAAAGCUGCUCCCUUGUAGCCCCACUGGAACUCCGUCCUUACGAAACUCUCCCGUGCAAAACUGGCGGAAGUUUUCUGCAGUUUUUGGUACGACGUCUGCAAAGAGCUCCAUCUUGAUGCGCCCCACUGCCUGCCCGCCGAUUGAGAUGUCGAAGAACACCACUGGAUUGUCUGCCGCCAUGCUUGGUAAUAUACGCAUGCGCAAAUUGACUCGGUUUUGAAAGUGCAAAGGUCAGUAAUAACGAAGAGGGCGGAGAGACGAACUGAGGAGAGGCAGAAGCUGCGGGAAGGAGAGAAGGAGUCAUUCGAUAUGUCGGUCGACUUCAAGAAGAAUCAGGCCGCGCUAAAGGCCGCCUACAAUGACGUAUUGAGCAAGUCGUCAGACGUCAACUGGGCCGUGUUUGGCUACGAGGGAAACACGAACGUGCUGAAAGUGGUGGAAACUGGAGGUACACACUGACAUUCUCUGCACUAACAGCGAAGUUUUGAUUACUGCUGGUCUGUCUGUGUGUGUGUGGUACCCACAGAUGGAGGUCUGGAUGAGGUGGUGGAUGAGAUGAAUGGAGGGAAAAAUCUGUAUGUCUUCAUGAGAGUCACAGACCCCAACACACAGCUGCCCAAGAAUGUCCUCGUGAACUGGCAAGGAGAAGGUGUCCCUCCCUCACGGAAGGGUGUGUGUGCUCGUCACACUCACGACGUUGCAACCUUCUUUAGAGGAGCCCAUGUCACCAUCAAUGCCAGGUCAGAGAUGGAUCUGGAGGAGGACUGUAUUCUCGGCAAGGUGGCCAAGGCCUCAGGCGCCAACUUCAGCUUCCACAAGGAGAAGGCCAAACCAAUGCCUGAGGCAGGACCAGUGGGGUCAGUGUUCCAGAAGGCGAACCCAAGAGCAGACAUUGAUGCGAGGGCCAGAGAUCAGUUCUGGGUCAAGCAAGAGAAAGAGGAAGAGCAGCGCAGGGUUCAGGACAGGAAGACUGUUGCAGAGGAACGGAAGGAACUUGAACUGCAGCGCCGACAGCGCGAGGCAGAUCAAGCUUCAGCCAGGGAGAGAGCAGCCGAUCAGAGAGGGCGAUCUCUGGAGGAACAGAGGAAGAGAGAGAAGGAGAGACACGUGCAGGAGACAACCGCGCGAGAAGAGGCUCUGCAACAGCGACUGAAGGAAGAAGAGAGCUCAGUGGAGGCAGAGCGGAGGAGAGAACGCGACGAUAUGCAGCGCCAGCGAGUACAGGAGUACAAGAACAUCAGCUCUGCAGUCAGCAGUAAGAAGGCAGGGUUCGAGCAGCCUGCGGAAGAGGAGCCUCCCUCUCUGCCCCAGAGGCCACCCAAGAAGGCCCCUGUCCCGGUUCCGGAACCAGAGCCUGAGCCUGAGCCUGAGCCUGAGCCUCAGCCGGAACAGGAAUGGGAACAGGAAUGGGCACCUGAACCUGAGCCACUGUAUGAGCAAGAACCUGAGCCAGAACCUGAGCCGGAACCUGAGCCAGAGCCUGAGCCUGAGCAACAGUAUGAGCCACCUCCAGAAGGUAUAUAUACACAGUAAAUCUAUCAUGUGCAUCAAUUACUUUGUCCUUUGCGAAUCCAGAACCUCUGUAUGAUGAAGCUCCACCAGAGGAGCCAGAGCAGCCACUGUAUGAUGAGGCAGGCUACCAGGACGAGGUCCCUGCAGCUGGAGGAGGAGAGAGCCAGGGACUGACAGCCGUUACCAUCUAUGACUACCAGGCAGAGGACGAAGGAGAGCUAACAUUUGAUGUGGACGAGAGGAUUGUCAACAUUGAGAAGAUUGAUGAGGGGUGGUGGAGGGGAACUCGAGAGCUCGACGGCUCCUAUGGCCUCUUCCCAGCCAACUACGUGGAGCUGAUAUAGAGAGACAGACUCACUUUUCUUCCCCUAGCUUUCCUCUUUGUGUUGUAUGUAGAGAGAACGGUAUAGGUUUUUGAUUUCUGCUUUCACUGGUUUAUCAACCGGAGUUGUUUCAAAUUGGCAUUGUAUGAAUUCCCUUUUGUCACAUGCCCCGCAUA